AUGGCUGUCAGUAUAGUACCCAUGCUGCUGUUGCAAGUGAACACUGCCCCUCUCAUCGCUGUACCUCCAAUGGGCAGUGUCACUCUGGCGAUCACUCUGCCUACCACCAUCACUCCCACUGCAACUGGCACUGUGGUGUUGGCCAGUACCGUGAGCAACAUUGGUCCUUCUCUGCAAACCACUUCCCUCAUUACGGGGCAUCAGUGGUACACUGUCACAUGGGGUCUGGAGAUUGGGGUGUUCAAAGGCUGGACCGUUGUCCAGCCCCUUGUCAUCAGGGUCACCAGCUCCACUUUUGAGAAGGGUCCUCUGUACCAGGACACUUGGUGCAAGUACUGCAUAAUGGAGGCCCUCGACUGCAUGCAGCUGCUUACUGUGCCCUAG